AUGGAACCAGACUUUUGGAAAUCUCCAUCAGGGUCAGUCAGUGAGGAGAAAGUGGAGAGCAGGAGCACCAGAGCGAGAAGCUUCAUCCUGAUACACGGUGGAGGAGUGUGUGAUGAGGAAGAGUUAUCUGAGAGCAGGAGAGCGAGAGACCAGUCGGUUCUUCUACAGUUAAAGCUCACUAAAAUAAGAUCUCCUGUGUUCAUCUCACUUCAUCUACUGAACUUCAACAUCAGUUUCCAGCAGCUUGUGGACCCGAAAAAAACAAGUGACAUCAUCAUCCCCACUAUUUUCACUGGACGUCAGUAUAAGACGAUCUGUCAGCGCUGGAACAACAAAUACAGGUUUGCCACCGUGUACGACACUGAGAGGAGGAUCCCUAUUUACUCGGCUUACACAUUCUCAGGGAAAAAUAUGACUAAACGCAGCGAUGAGUGGAAAAUUGAACCUCAGCUGGAAAAUAUUGAAGAAUAUGAAGACUUGAAAGAGAUGAUUGAUUCCCCGAGAGAAGCAGGAAAGAUAGUUAACCAGGCCGUGAGCUCUGAUUAUACAGGUACAGGGUUUACUAGAGGUCACGUGUUUCCAUACCAGUUUGCUGCUAAUCAGGAUCAAGCAGAUUCCACCUUCACUUUAACUAACGUAGCUCCACAAACAGCGGACAGCAACCAAGAAUGGGCUGCACAAGUGGAGGAACCGAUGCUUAAUGAAAUACAUCAAAGCUGCAGACUCGACCAAAAUAACAAGGCGUACAUUGUGACCGGAGUCGUCCCAGGGAAGAACUGGAUAAACAUAACAAGAGAUGGAGAAGUAAAUCAAAAAGGAAUUAACAUUCCCAGUCAUUUUUGGAGCGCUUACUAUUGCAGGAAUAAAACAGAUUAUAAGAAGAUCAUAGAGAAGACCUACUUAGCUGAGCUAGACAAAUUUAAUCUCAGGCACCCCGACAUUAACAACCUGAAUAGACGACUGUCUGAUCUGUAUAGUGACGUGGGAUGUAUAAAAAAGGGGAUAUCUUUUUAUGUGUUCCCUGGUUUAGACCUUGAUAAUUACCAUGUGGACCUCACAGAUCCAAGUCAAGUACAAAUCAGAUAUGAAACCGAUUUAUAAUCCGAAUUAUGUGUCAUGAAUCUGCACAAAAUAUCACAUAAUAGCAAAGCAUUUCAUAAGGAUCAUAAAAUCAGCUUCUUGGUUGCUUCACUCUCUCUCUUUCUCUCAAUAUACUAUAAAUAAUUCUAUACAAGUAAAUAUUGUAACAGAUGCAUAAUUAUUCACCCUGAAACUCUGAAGCAGCUUCCACCAGAUGUAACUGCAUGAAUUAUGUAUGUAAUGUUAUUAAGUAUGUAUGUAAUUAUGAUGUAAUGAGUAAUUGAAUGGAGUUAUUCUGUGUGCAACUGUGACACAUGUCGAGUGUUCAGUGAUCUCAGGAUGCCUGUUGCUGUAAGAACUCAGGGUUCUGAGAACAUAUGAAACAUUUAUAUUUAAUAAAGAUGGUUAAAAAUA